CGCUUCACCUUUUCGUCCGCUCCCGUUUUCGAAAAGCAGACGACCGGAGCGACGCGGCGAGAGAGCAGACGAUGCAACCACUACCAUUCGCCGGCGCGUUCGGCGAAGUGAGGGUUGCGGCGGCGCUAUGAAGUGGACAUCCGUGGCGCGGCUACUAUUUCGUGUGUCCUGGUGAUUCGUGACCGAAGCCGCGCUUCACGUGCCUGUCUUACCGUCGCCACUUUAGCGAAGCACCACCCGGAUACCGCGCCGAGUACUUGGAACAACACGCGGCAGGUGUUGUGGUGGUCCGCGCAAGCGUCGGUCGUCCUGCGGAGACAGGCCGCUCCAACAGAUGCAAGGACGACCGGAAGCGGCCGCCACGAUGGUCAGCCCUCGCCUGCGGAAGUUGCUUCCGCUCAUGGCCGUUUCCUUCUCUUUUUUUGCUGCCACGGGUAGCCUGAGCCCAUUUCUGAGCCUGCAGUUGCGCACCGUCGGGUUGUCCGAUGAGGAGUCCGUGCUGGUGAUUACGGCGGCCGCGUUCGCCAGCCUUCUGGGCCCCGUGCUCGUGGGGCUGGUAGCGGAGCGGCGGCGGGCCUACCGGUCGCUGCUGGUGCUGUCGCUGGUGCUGGCAGGCGCCGGCUACUCGGCACUGCUGGCCGUGCCCCCCGUGGUGCGCAGUCCGCGCAGCCCGCUGCUAGAGUUCGACUGCCCGUCGGGCCUGUACCUGGAGCGCUGCCCCGAGUGGGACUCGUGCACGGCGUCCGAGCUGAACCCGCUGGGGCUGGCCACGUUCCGCGUGUCCAACUGCCACUACCAGUGCGGCGGCGGCGGCAACCGCAGCAGCGCCUCGCGGCGGCAGCCCAUCCACUUCUGCUUCCUGAGCCACGAGGGCAACCUGUGCAUCAUCCACGAGGCCGGCACGCGGGACAAUUCCACCACCGAGUUUGGCGCUAGCUUCCUGGCCAAGACAGCGCGCACGCUGGUCGACGUGAGCGUGGCCAAGUUCCUCGAGCACGAGGGCAGGAGCGACGACGAACUGGUGGACGUGUGCAGCUUCGAUCUUCUCGCGCCUAUCGUGGUCAACCAGAAGCAGUUCAACGACUACGAAUGCAGGCCGCACCCGGAGGGAUGCACCAUCCGCUGCUCGGUGGCCGUCGCUGACAACCUGGGUCGCCGCAUGCAGUCGGCGCGCUGCACUCAGGUCAAGGGCGACCCGCAGCUCACGUUCUGGGCCACCCUGGCGCUGCGGGUGUUCGCCGACCUGUGGCUCAUGACGGCAUUCUACCUGGUCGAGGCGGUCACGGUGCUCUCCAUCAACGACUUCAGCGGUCUCUACGGACGCAUCAAGUUCUGGGCCGCGCUGGGCGUCGCCAUAUCCGCAGCCGUCACCGGAGUGCUGGUCGACUACUACAGCGAGCUAACGGGAGCCGCCGACUACUCGCCGGCGGUGUUUGUCUUCGAUGGGCUCGCUCUCGUGUCGUGCGCGCUGGCCGUGUUCCUGCCCGCUGUGGAGGACAAGAAGGCCAACCACUUGCUUCACUACGGCCUCGGUCAAGAGCCCCGCUUCUGCUCGCUGGACGCGAGCGUGCUCUUCUUGCUCGUGCUCGUGCUGGGCACGGUGUGGGGCUACAUGGAGACGUACCUGCACUGGAUGUACGCCGAGAUGGGCGCCAGCCACCUGCUGGUGGCGCUUUCACUGGCACUGCCCAUGGGCUGCGCGCUGCCUUUCCUGGCCAUCGCCAAGAACUUGGUGCGCAACAUCGGCCGCGCCAACCUGGUCGUGUUCGGCUUCCUCUUCUACGCGACGCGCGCCGCCGGCCUCUCCUUCGUCACGGCGCGCUGGUGGAUCACGCCCUUCGAGGCUAUGGAGACGUUCACGUUGCCCGUGCUCUGGGUCGCGCUGGUCGCGUACGCUCAGAAGGUGGCGCCCUCCAGCCAAAGGCUCACCAUCCAGUGCAUCCUCAUCAUCCUGCACUUCUGCAUCGGCCGCGGGACGGGCACCAUCGCGGGCUUCUUCCUGAACGCCACUUUCGGCCAGCGGACCACGCUCCGCGGCGUGGCUGUCGUGUGUGCGGGUGUGGGCCUGCUCUACCUGUUCCUGUACCACACCUGUCUGCGCAGGAUCCGCAGAAAGAGUCGCCGGCGACAAUCCGCCAUGCCCGCGACCAUCAACGGCGGCUGGUACCCGAUGCAGAACUCUCGGGCGAACGGCGACACGCCUGCCCACCGGCCCAUGAUGGGCGACCAGGACGACUCGGACACUGGUGGCUUCGAAGACUCCGGCUGGUCACACAGAAAGAACAGGAACUGACCUCUCAGGAACAAGAGUUCCGGUUAGGCGAAGCCUCAAGAGUCCUAUGGAAAAGAUAGUCGAUCGGCCCUCGAGAAGAGGGGCCACUUCACCGCGGGACAUACCUGUUGUGGGGCCCCGUUGCAGAACUGUAGCGCAUUUUUCCAGCGCUGUGAGAACAAAUUCAGUUUUGGAGCUGCUCGAAAGGCGGCGAUUCUGCGGCAGUCGUGAUAGCUAGCGGCGCUGCAGUCUCUCGAGGAGCAUUCAAGAAAACACAGUGGCCACCGACAUUCUUGCUGGCUGCUGUGGUGGGCGAGUUGGUGCGAGUUGAACACGUUAGCUUCAGCACAACAUAGACGAAUGCACAGCGGACUGCGUUGUCAUCGUCUUUGUAUUCAUCCGUGUUUCGUUGAAGCUAACGUGUACUAGCUAAAGGCGAGGAAGGCUAUAAUUGUUUGCAACGUUAUGUGCGUUAGGAUGUAUGAACACGGAGGCGUAUGUAGGUACCGUUGACCAGAGUGACGCCUUGACCGGACUGCAGCGCCGGCAGUUCUCAACACCGCUUCUGGACGAUGGCUUAGACUGCUGUGGUAAGGACAUGUGGUUAUAUGGUUGUGUGUUUCUUUGAACGAAGCGUAGUUUCUGAGCGCCCGAGUGCUUGUCUUACCGGAGUGUCUUGUGUCCUUUCCGUGCUCUGCUUGUACAUAGAUUCCCACUGAAUGUGCAGCGACACGAAUAUUGCUCCAUUUGUUUGAUGUAUUGUUUAAGUAGCGACUCACUACACAGGGACACAGGACGAGCGUUAUCCUGAGCUUUGUGAAAGAAGUUUGUGAGCCGAUUGCGCGGUGAGGAAGGGGAAAGUAACGGUGGUAGCAGCACGAUAUGAGUCACCAUUACUGGGCUAUGCGUGCUGCGUACGGAGUAACUUGGAAAAUUUCACCCUGAUAAACAAGUGCCUGUCGAUGAACACUAUGGUCCUUGCGCUGCCAGAACUUUGUCUGCUAGUUGCGUUUGGUUCCCGUCGGUGCAGCGACGUUGAUCGAAGUGCAGAAUACGACGUGUUCAAACCGGGUCCGGAUAAGUGUCGCAACGUCAGCAAUGCGGUCGAAGCAUGUCCAAGUACGUGCGCACAAAUCGUACUGGGCUGAGAGGCUUAAAUGUUGUAGCAAGAACGUGUUCAACCCCCACCCGCCUUCCUUCCCCUGCCACCCUGUGGCAUUUAUUUCUAGGAAGCUGGAUGCUUUGUGUUAUUGAGGCUCAAUGUCUCAAGUAUUUUAUGCGGCUUUUGUUAAUAGCUAGCUUUUCGUCUGGCGCCCACGCAACUGUGUCAAAUGUGACUGAAAAAGUUUACCUAAUUACUCAUGAAUAUGUGAAUAUGUGCUGCUGCUUCGUUCCAGUAUCGAAGGAAGAUUUCAGCCCAAAGCGCAUAAUUUCGCGCUGAUCACCAGUAGAUAAAAGAAAAGGGCUCUUCUUUUUUUGUUUUCGCGUCUGUUAAACACGGCAAAUUGAUGAGCAGGCGCAUCACAAGCGAUCAACUUAAGUUGCAAAGAGCCAGACUACUGUUGUGUGCCCUAAACGCUUGCGUAAUAUCAAAUCACAUCAGCCUGAUUUGGCUUGUUUUCAAUGAAUGGUGCAUUAGAGCACUUGAAAAGCAAAUAUCGUGUCUUGUGAGCUUUGCGUGCAGUAUACAAGUCCUUCCUCGUGUUUUGUGUUAAUGGCAUUCUUUCGAACUCUACAAAUGGUAUAGCAAAGUGCCAGGAAAAUAUUACCGGUAUGCGAAUAUAAAUUCGGCACGCAUACCGACAAUAGCACUUGAGUUGAAGCAUUUGACAUUUGUCGUACUUGUUACAACGCUCUCCGACAGCUACAAAGCCAGAACUUCGAAGCCUGCUCUACAAACAACCAUUCCUGCCUACUGAAGUAGUUUAUUUUUCCUAGAGAGAUAGAGUUUCAAACGAAACAUAUCACAUUUAGACUAAUAUAUGUACAUUUUUUAAUGUAUUGUCUUACGCUGAGGUGUAUAUAGGUUUUUUUUUUUUUUGGUCCUUGUUCGUUUAUUCUUUACUGUUAUCUUCUCCCCAUUCAUCUUUCCAUCUCAGAGAAGUCAGUAAAAUGCACUCAACUGCGUUGAAAUAUCUUUGUAUGCAGCUUCUGACCUGAGUGGGCACCGGCCUACUGAAACGUGCUAAGCACUCCUCACAACCCGCAUGGACAUGUACAGAGCUCGGCUGUACGCAUGGGGCUGUGGGAAACGUUGAUAAAGGCGCGCGUAUGUUAGCGUUAGAGAUUCUCGUGGCCUCCCUCUCAGAUGGCGACAGAAUAUAUUUUCGCUGCGCACUAGAAGUGACGUAGCACCUACUGACCAGCGCUGGUUCGGCCCGUAGAGGUCUUUUUCUUGCUAUGCCCUAAGGCAUAGUAAAAGCAGGAAAAGCAAACAUAAAAAUGAAUGUAACCCCGCAUCGUAGUAAGGCUCUGUAUAUAUGACUGUCAUCUUGAAGCCACGUGCAGAAGUGCCGCGGUCACGGCGAAAGCCAGACCUCCCGAGCCCCGGAUAUGUGCACAGCAGGCGUCAGCGUCUUGUGUCGUACAGUUGGGGCGGGUGGCGUCGUCGUUCUUGAUGCAGUCGUCCCACUUGCAGGUAAAGCGACGCACAUGCUCCCCUCACGGCCCCGCAACCUCACAAGGUUGGAACAAGUUUCCCCGAGAAGGAUCCGGGCUGGGUACGUGGAGUUCCAUGGUCUAUGCAGUCGGCCUGUCCACGUUCAGUUUAACGUUCAUCGUGUAGUGGUGGGAGUUGAAGCUCCUUGGUAGCCUACGCACUGAUGGCGCCAAGUGGGGUCUUUCCGUGAGCAGCGCACAGGGGAUCUCGGGCAACGGUGCCACUGAUCUCAAGCCAGGAUAGCAUUCGCCAGGAAGCACUUUCAGAAUUGUGGCUGAGUUAUGCUGAAAGCACCUUCGCAUUCGCACACUCCGCUACGUUCUUCGAGCAUGGUACUGCAAUCUCCCACGCCUUCCUAGAUGAACCAACUUUGGCAGCCGCUCCUUAUUGCGCGACAUCCCGCACGCGUUUAGGGUGAAUGAAACGUCACACGCGUGCAUCUAUGUGAUGUUGCCGUGAGGUUCCGAAGCCCGCUGCACCACUGCCCUCCGUGAUCGCUUUGCGGCCUACUGUGUUUGAAGCUCCACGUGCAAAAUUUAUCUUAUACAAAGGCACACGAAGAAAAAACAAAACAAGAACAGGUUCAUAAAAGUAAUGACAUGAACGCCCGCGCAUUUUUUUCUGCUUGGGCUUUCUUUGCCUCAGUUAACGAGCUAUUUCAGCUUUACACUAUUCGAAUCGGCGCAAUCGCUGGCGAAAAGUCCACGCUUCUAAUAAACAAACUUUAAUCAGUUAUAACGAACGCAUAAUCUGAAAUUACAAUCCGGCAGUCCCACUCUUUUAUACUUAGUAUCUAUAAAGUUGAAAGCUUAUUAAGUUUAAUAAACAAGUGAGCCACACAAAAUGCGUCUUCCAAAAAUGUGUUACGCUCCUAGGUGAACAUUUUUUACGCGGUAAUAAAAAAUUAUACAAGUGCAUAACCAACAAAUAUUUAUAUGCUGAUUGCUGUAGAAGAAUUGCACUAACUAAACUUGCCUUAGGAUACGGCUGUCUCCGAAUUUUCCACACAAAUGUACACUCUAGCCAAAACAAGUUGACAUAAAAUUUUGUAAUCUUUCCGACAGCAACUUACCGUGUACCGCGUGUCAUCCUCAAAGGUGCAUCUAUGGAAGACGUUGCUAGCGCAUUAAAUAAAAUUAGUUCAAGUAUGAAGGUAUGGUUAUCACUCGCCCUUAUGUAUAUAUGCAAAAGGGGUCCAUCACGAUAAACCUUCACUGUAACGUCAUCGCCUCAACCAUCCAUCACUGCGUAUCCUGGCCCAUCAUAUUGUUACGGGAACGAGGCUUGUGUACAAGUUACGGCUCAUUCCGAACACUUUGCUGAACGACGUGUCGCAGCUGCGCUGCCGCACCAUUCCCUGCACGCUGAGUGUUGUUAAUCCUGAGUGUUCAUCACGGUUCCAGUGUGCGCCCGAUUAUAGACUAGUGCGAACAAGCCGUGUUGUGAGUGGUGUUGUAAAUAAAGUAUACGUUCAUCACUGAA